UUCCUAAUGGCCUCUUGUAGAGUAGCCCGAGACACCACUGUUUCAGAAAUCCUGCACGACGUUAGGCCUGGUGCUGAGGAUGGCACAGGCGGAAUUCUUCGACACACACUGCUGUGAGCUAUGCCCACUACCAGAGAUGGUUCUAGAAGCUGUCAGGGGCUCAGGAAGAGCUGCUUGAGUGCUUAGCUGAAGAAGGCUCUUCAGUGGGCGUUUCCUCUUGCCCUUCCCUUUUCCUCUUCAGGGACAGGACGGGGUGUGGUUUAGCAGAAGAACCUAGAGAUGUCACCAUGAUGCCAAGGAACACAGACGGGGAAACUGAUUGGAGUGGCGCUGGGCUGAUCUCGGAGAGCUUACAUUGUCACCACGAGAGCAGCUUGGUCUUGUUUUCUUUCUUUUUUAAGAUUUAUUUAUUAUGUAUACAAUAUUCUGCCUGCUUGUACCCCUGCAGGCCAGAAGAGGGCAGCAGAUCUCAUUACAGAUGAUUGUGAGCCACCCUGUGGUUGCUGGGAAUUGAACCCAGGACCUCUGGAAGAGCAGCCAGUGCUCUUAACCUCUGAGCCAUCUCUCCAGCCCCGCAUCUUGGUCUUGUUAACGUUUGACUGUCACCUUUUUUGUGGGCUUGUAUUAAUUCCCACGUGUGCAUUUUAUUUUAAUCGUAAUGGCAUCCUUUCAAAAACAGCUGUUUUCAUUUUCCCUGGCAGUUUCCUAAUGUGCUUUUAAAUACCUGUCUGAGAGCCCUUGGUGGAUUACUUUUGAUUCUUCUGAACAGCAGCAUGAGGUGUGGACUGAAGCCCAGGUAUUGAUCCUGAUCAGCUCUGUCACUACAGAUCUGGGGGGGCUCACAGAAAUGUGGUUAGUACGUAUCUGGCUGCCAUUAAUAACCAGCGACUUAGUACUUUGCAUAUUAGAUCUGUGGGCGAGUCCACAUCUACAGCAUGACACUAGGUCUUUUGAAAGAUAACUUCCUGUGAAUUGCAGAUACACAGUACUGUCAGCACAAAUCAUCAGUCUCAUGCUCCAAGCCAUCAUAAAGCAGUCAUUCUGUGUCUAGAUCAGACAAGUACAUUUAGAACUGGUCAUGGUGUCACACACCUUUAUUCCCAGCACUAGGAGGCAGAGGCAGGUGGAUCUUUGAGUUGAAGGCAGCCUGGUCCCGUACCAGUUCCAGGGUGGCUAGGGCUACACAGUGAGACUGUAUCUCAAAGUCAGAAGCAAACAUACAUGGUGUGUUUGGUGCAUACAUGUAUGGAGAGGCAAAGCUUGCUGAGAGACAAACACAUAUCAUGCUAAGAGUUUCCUGUUUGAAAGCUUUAGAUUAUAGAAACAUGAACACCGCCCCCACCCCGCCCAGACAGUGUUUCUCUGUAGCCCUGGCUAUCCUGGAACCUGCUCUCUAGACCAGGCUGGCCUUAAACUCAGAGAUCUGCCUACCUGUCUCUUGAGUGCUGGGAUUAAAGACCUGCGCCACCACUGACUAGAAACCUGGGUUUUUAUAAACAGAAUUACCACUGCUCUCUAAAUAUCUGGCCAUGUAGGACUGAGCAUUGAAGACGUUUACCUUUUAUCUUUUAAAUUCUUUGAUAAAGACCAAAUAUUUUUAAAACAUUUUAGUUUACAUAUUAUGUGUGUUUGUGUGAAUGUGUGCUACUUAUGUGCAUGUAGAAGCCAGGAGAGGGCAUCAGAUCCCUUGGGGCUAGAGUUGCAGGUAUGUAGUUAUGAGACACUCUGUGGGUGCUGGGGUGUGAACUCAGGCCACCUGGAAGAAUAGUAAGUACUCUUAACCACUGAGCCAUCUCCAGCCUGAAGACCAAAUUUAAGAAAUUGUUUCUAGCAUAAUUAGAGUUUGCCCUUUUCAGUCUUAGAAUCUGCCUCAAGAGUGAGUAUCACCUCUUUGUUAUCACUGUGUGCUCUGGUGGGAGUGUCUGGUACUUAGUCGGGCUUAGUAGCUUCCUUUAUUAUCAUCAUUAUCUUAAUUUUUCAUACACGUAUACCAUGUAUCUUGUUCAUAAUCCACCCCUCCAUAUCCCCCUCAGCUUCACCCAGGACUCCCCAUCACAUCUUCCUCCCCAUUUAAUGUCCUUUUUAUUGAUUUUUAAUUCCCUGAAUCCAGUUAGUGCUCAUAUGCAUAUGGGUGUAGAACCAUCCACUAGGGCCUGGGGAAUCUACCCAGUGGUUACACUUCUGAAGAAAAGUGACCCUCCCUCCCCCAGCAGCCAGCAGCUGCCUCUGCUGCCCCUUGCACUCCAUGCUGGAAUUUUUAACUAGCUUGACCUUGUGUAGGUCUUGUGCAGGUAGCUGCUGUGAGUUGAUGUGCAGCAGACGUGUCCUGUCUCAGAGGACAGCAUUGUACAGCACACCUCCCCAUCCUCUAUCUCUUAGGUCUCCUGCAGGGUUUGCUGAGCCUUGCAGGGAGGGAGGGACAGAGGAGCAGGCAGUGACAUCUUAAACUACCAUCAUGGGCACCUGUAAGUACAUACACUAACGCUGGUAAUUCUCUGCGGGAAAAUCCACAGUGCCUGUAGCAGAUUGUGAUGAGACAGGGGAUUGGUUCUUUUAGGAUCAAAUCCAGGACCUUGGCCAUGCCAAGAAAGUGCUCUACCAUAGAGCUGUGUCCCUAACUCCCAUUUACUUUCAUUUUUAAAAUUCUGUAAGUAAUGUGUAAUGUUCACAAAAGUGUCUUUAAACUUUUAAAAGUUACAUUUAUUUGUUUUGCCUUUUAAAUGAGUUGGCUUAAUUCAGAGUAGCUACAGAAUUCAGGGUACAGCAGAGACAAGCAGCCAGCUCCGGCAGGAUUCCAGAGCGGGUUUCCUUUAAACUCACCGCUAAGGUAGGACUAGCUGAAUGUAAACUGGAGACGAUGUUUUGUUUUUUUAAAAAAAAGAUUAUUGCAAUGUACAACAGACUCCAGGACAACACUUCAUUCUCACUAUACGCGGCAAGAGAUGUGUCAGGAAACCUGGGUGUUUAAGUGGUAACACAAAAGAGUCACCUCAUUUCAGGCCCAAGGAACAGCCUUCUGCCCAUUCAAGUCUGCUUGCCUGUGGGCCCUUCCCUGUGGCUUUGGCUUUUAGAUCCUGGAGUUUUCUGCUUUUCUUGUUUGUUCAUUUAUUUUUUAGUUUGUUGUUUUAGAUCUUGUUUUUGUUUUUAAAUUUUUACUUGUAUGUGUGGAUAUUCUGCUUGUAUGUAUGUCUAUGUAUCAGGUGCAUGUCUGCUGCCCCCAGAGGCCGGAAGAGGGUGUCAGAUCCCUGGGACUAGAGUUACAGACAGACAGUUGUGAGCUGCCAUGUGGGUGCUGGGAAUUGAACUCAGGUCCUCUGGAAGAGUGGUCAGUGCUCUUAACCUCUGAGCCAUCUCUCCAUCAGCCCUGUGCACUUGGGUUUAUGCCAUGUCUAAUCAGAAGCCUCAUUUGCGUCUACAGGCUGGUUAUCUUGUGCCCUAUGAGUUGCAUUUCCUUGAAUGGGUUUGUCUUCCUGUCAUGUCUUGCAGAUGUUCAGGAGUGAUUUGAAAAGGGUUGGGCAUUAACUUCUUCCUAAGCAUCCCUUCUCUUCUAGGUGAGUACAGGUCUGGGGGCGUUCUUUAGGAAGCUGCCGAACACUGGCUUCAUUUGUGAUUACUCCCGUGAAGACACAGCAGUCACUGUCAUGGUGGCAGUUUGGAAGUUUCUGCAUUGGUUUCCUGUGUGUGGACAUCGUUCCCACACAUUCUUGUGCAGCUGGCUGAGUGUCAUUUGCUCAGACUGAUUUGUGCUAUGAACAGUUUAAUUUUGGACUUACAUUGCAAGAAACACAGUGUAGACGUCAUGAUGUAUUAUUUGUUUGUUUGUUUAUUGAGACAGGGUCUCUGUGUAGCCCAGCUAGCCUGGAACUGACUAUGUAAACCAGUCUGCUCUCAACUCAUAGAUGUCUGCCUGCCUCUGCCUGUUAGAGUGCUAGGACUCACGUCAUGCUCCACCAUACUCUGCCAGUAGCAGAAUUUUGACAACGUUCCUGACUGCCUAUCACCCUGUGAGUGGAACUGGCACCUUCUCAUGGUUUAUGGAUGUGUUUUGCUGAAUGGAUGGAAAAGGCUACACACAUUUUCUUUUCCUCAGGGACCAUGGGAUGAGAUGAAGUAGGAGUUUUAGGAGGGGUCCCCAGCCUUGAGAAGACUUCAGUCAGGUGAUGAUUUUGGUGUGCCCAGUGUAAGCUACCCUCCUUUCCUGUGAUCUCUAGUUUGCCUCCAUUGUCAGAGUAAUCAGCAGGGUAGUUGUAAAAAUACGGCCUUGGCCUUUCACCUUGAGGGAAGGGAGAGCCAGAGUGAGAACCCAGGGCCUGUGCACUGCCACUGCUUGCUGGGGCCGGGGCUGUUUCCAGACAAGUCCCCAGACGUCCUUGUGCUCUGGUGCCAGGCUGCCUGGGUUUGAAUUUCUGUUCCACCAAAUACCAGUGGGGCUCUGGGGCUCUACUCCUCCAUCUGUGAAAUGGAGAAUGUGGCCAUUGCUGUAGGAAUUAAAGCUGCAAAGCACCUUGUAAACUCCACGUGUUUCCUAACUAGGAAGGUUUUCUUGGGCUGUCUGGACCACGUGUCAGGCUCAGUACCUAAAGAAGGGCAGAUGUUGCUUUGGGCUUAGACGAGGCCACAUGGGUUAGAGCAGAGCUCCAUGGAAGUGGACAGGUGUGUAUAGAGAACCUCACUUCCUGUGCUGAGGUGCUGUUACAACAGUGAGAACCCUCACAUGUGACCUAACUUGACACCCAGACAUUUCAGACUAGCUGCACAGAGCUUUAAUAAAGGUAAAACAUACCCGGGAUCGCUGUGAGAAAAUGGCAAGCCAACCCAGUGAGUUUAUUUGGGUACUGUAAGCUGAAGGGUCUGUCUAGAUGACUCUGGAUGCACGUAAUCUUUACCAAUCAUUAAACCUCCCGGGUCACUCAGCUGAUUCACACCUGGAAGGCAGAUGCCGAUGUGCUUAGGUGAGAGAUGGUGUGCCAUAUAACAGGGGCAGCCUCUGUCCUCUGCCUCAGUGAGAGUCCACAGGCUGCCUGCCUGCCUGCCUCGCGGGCAACUGGAGACUGCAGAGACCUCUGCUACAGUGUUUUCCUUGUGCCCACUGCCCAUCCUCACCUCGUAUCCCAGCCUGCAGUGGAUGACCUCAGUUGGUGCCACAGGCACUCGAGAGGGAUUUAAGGCGACAGUAUCCUUCCUGGACAGGCAGCCUGCCCAGGAUGCUGUCCCAGGCCAUUUCUGAAUUCCAGCAGUUGUGUGUUUGGGGGACUGAGUGGAAACUGAAGGUUAACCUUUUGUUUGCUUACGAGAUAAGCCAAGGAGAUAAAAGUCAUGGACGGUAUGGGGGUAAACAGACUGCAAGGGUCGAGGUUUCUCCAUCCGGGAGGUAGCUGGGUCAGUCCGUGGAAGUGUGUAAUCGUUUAAUCCAGGCUGGCCCAAGCCAGACUUCCGGUGGUUUCUGAAGAGGCAGCUGUGGAAGGCCCCUGCCUGGGCAGUGGUCAGCCAUUGUUCUGAUGGGUAAGAUUGUGCAGAAGAAAAGCGGACAGAGCUAAGGCUGUAAGCGGACCAGAGUGACAGCUUAUCCAGAGGUCACCUGGACAGUGGGAGACACGGCUCUGGGGUGCCCACAGCCAUCUAGUUAGUCAGCUGUCAACUUUCCAGCGAAUUUCCGUAGUGUUGGGGAGAGCAGAGUCAGGGAAUUGUUUUCCAGGGAACCCCGUUGUUCCCUGCUGGGAAGGGUUUGUUGAAGUCCUGACCUGUGUUAAUUUUUGGGCUAGCUAAAACUCAACCCCGCAGAGUCUUAGUUACCACAUCAGUAUUGCGCUGAGGAAGAGGGGCUUGUGCUGGUCAUGAGCUGGGCCCGGGAAUCGAACUUCUGGGGUUGCUUCCUGGCUGAGCAUUUACAAGUGUGAUUUUGAGUAAGUCACUUGGUUCAGGGCCACCUCUGUCAUCUAUAAGAUGGGACUAAUGAAGUGUGUCCCCACCAUGCCUGGCAGCGGCCGUUGAUGCUGGUCUUACUGGAUCCACUAGCCAGCCAGUGACCGGGAGGAGCGCCAAGGUCUUGGUUCUCACAUCAUGGAUGAUGAGGGAGGAGGUGGGUAAGGAACCAGGUGUCUCAAGGCGGCACACCCUUCCCACCCAUGACUUCAGUGUCCCUCUGCAGCAGCACCUCCAGUGAGGCCUGGUGGCUUUCGUUCUCUCUUAACACCCCCACCCCACCCCACCCCACCCCACCCCACCCCACCCCUGCGCAGCCCCAAGUUACUCCCCAUGAAAUAAAGGCUGUCUGGCUUCCCACUGUCGAGUACUGACUGGUUUUCACUAGCCAAGCUAAGGGUUUAUCUUCCACGGUAGAGGAAUGGUCUCAGUAUUUUUGGAAUCUGCAGGACCAGGACACUGCUCAGUCUCAGUUGAGAAGGUGCCUGCCUCAGAGGGACUGGGAGUGUGCGGUUCCGUUGCCCUGCUGAGGGAAAGUGAGGAACCCUGGGACUGGGUUUACCUGCCCAGCAGCUCCACUGCUUAAAGUUGCCUGUGUUUUGUCCCCCAACUCCUCAUACCAUGUCCCUCGGCUGAGUGGGCUUGAGGCACUGGCAUGAGAGUGUUGCUUGGCAACAAGGUUUUGCGGUGCCCGUUUCUCAAAGAGUCAACCCAUCAAUCCCCAGCCUCCCCCUCGGCUGUCCCGCAGAGCCUCCUGUUAGACGGUUGGGUGUGUGGCAGAGGGAGGGACCAGAGACGGGCGAAGUUUAAUCAUUGAACCGAGCAGCUGAGAGUAUUUAGUUCUUAGCACCCAGCUCCCCAGCCUGAACGAGAGGUGUGCGGCGACGGUACGGAAAUCUCUGCCCGUCUCAGGAACCACCCAGCUCGGAAACAUGUUUGCAGUCCACUUGAUGGCGUUUUACUUCAGCAAGCUGAAGGAGGAUCAGAUCAAGAAGGUGGACAGAUUCCUGUAUCACAUGCGGCUCUCAGACGAGACCCUCGUGGACAUCAUGACCCGGUUCCAGGCUGAGAUGGAGAAAGGCCUGGGGAAGGAUACCAACCCCACCGCAUCAGUGAAGAUGCUGCCCACGUUCGUCAGGGCCAUUCCAGAUGGCUCAGAAAACGGGGAAUUCCUUUCCCUGGAUCUUGGAGGAUCCAAGUUUCGGGUCUUGAAGGUGCAAGUCUCUCAAGAGGGAAAGCAGAAUGUCCAAAUGGAGAGUCAGUUCUACCCAACGCCUAAUGAGAUCAUCCGCGGGAACGGCACGGAGCUCUUUGAUUACGUGGCUGACUGCCUGGCAGAUUUCAUGAAAACCAAAGACCUGACGCAGAAGAAGUUGCCUCUGGGCUUUACUUUUUCUUUUCCCUGCAGACAGACAAAGUUGGAGGAGGGCUUCCUGCUUUCAUGGACCAAGAAGUUCAAGGCCCGGGGAGUUCAGGACACAGACGUGGUGGGCCGCCUUGCCAAGGCCAUGAAAAAGCACAAGGACCUGGACGUGGACAUCCUGGCCUUGGUUAAUGACACGGUGGGGACCAUGAUGACUUGUGCUUAUGAUGAUCCCAGCUGUGAAGUCGGCGUUAUCAUUGGAACAGGCACCAAUGCGUGCUACAUGGAGGACAUGAGCAACAUUGACCUGGUGGAAGGGGACGAGGGAAGGAUGUGCAUCAACACCGAGUGGGGGGCCUUCGGGGACGACGGGGCUUUGGAGGACAUCCGCACCGAGUUUGACAGAGAGCUGGACCUUGGAUCACUCAACCCUGGGAAGCAACUGUUCGAGAAGAUGGUCAGUGGCCUGUACAUGGGGGAGCUGGUUAGGCUCAUCUUACUGAAGAUGGCCAAAGUCGGCCUCCUGUUUGGGGGUGCAAAAUCCUCCGCUCUCCAUACAAAGGGCAAGAUCGAAACACAGCACGUGGCUGCCAUGGAGAAGUAUAAAGAAGGCCUGGCCAAUACGAGAGAGAUCCUGGUGAAUUUGGGCCUGGACCCCUCCGAGUCAGACUGCAUCGCAGUCCAGCACGUGUGCACCAUCGUCUCCUUCCGCUCGGCCAAUCUCUGUGCGGCUGCGCUGGCAGCCAUCUUGACACGCCUCCGAGAGAAUAAGAAGCUGGCCCGGCUCCGCACCACAGUGGGCAUGGACGGAACCGUCUACAAAAUCCACCCUCAGUACCCCAAACGCCUGCACAAGGUGGUGAGGAGACUGGUCCCCAACUGCGACGUCCGCUUCCUCCUGUCAGAGAGCGGCAGCACCAAGGGGGCCGCCAUGGUGACCGCAGUGGCCUGUCGGGUGCAGGCCCAGCGCAAGCAGAUCGACAAGGUGCUGGCUCUGUUCCAGCUGACCCGGGAGCAGCUCGUGGGUGUGCGGGACAAGAUGCGGACUGAACUAGAGUACGGGCUGAAGAAAGAGACUCACGCCCUGGCCACGGUGAAGAUGCUCCCCACCUAUGUCUAUGGCAUGCCUGAUGGCACAGAGAAAGGGAAGUUUCUUGCCCUGGAUCUGGGGGGAACUAACUUCCGAGUUCUCCUGGUGAAGAUCAGAAGCGGGCGGAGGUCGGUGCGAAUGUACAACAAGAUCUUUGCCAUCCCCCUGGAGAUCAUGCAGGGCACUGGUGAGGAGCUCUUCGACCACAUCGUGCAGUGCAUCGCCGACUUCCUGGACUACAUGGGCCUCAAGGGGGCCCGGCUGCCUCUGGGCUUCACCUUCUCCUUUCCCUGCAGACAGACGUGCAUUGACAAGGGGACUCUAGUAGGGUGGACCAAAGGCUUCAAGGCCACCGACUGUGAAGGGGAGGACGUGGUGGACAUGCUCAGAGAAGCCAUCAAGAGGAGAAACGAGUUUGACCUGGACAUAGUGGCCAUCGUGAACGACACGGUGGGGACCAUGAUGACAUGCGGCUAUGAAGAUCCCAAUUGUGAGAUUGGCUUGAUUGCAGGGACUGGGAGCAACGUGUGCUAUAUGGAGGAGAUGAGGAACAUUGAGCUGGUGGAGGGGGACGAAGGGCGGAUGUGCAUCAACACUGAGUGGGGAGGAUUUGGAGAUAAUGGCUGCCUAGACGACAUCUGCACCCAGUAUGACAAGGAGGUGGAUGAGGGCUCCUUGAACUCUGGCAAGCAGAGAUAUGAGAAAAUGACCAGUGGGAUGUACCUGGGGGAGAUUGUGAGGCAGAUCCUGAUUGACCUCACCCGGCAGGGGCUCCUCUUCCGAGGGCAGAUUUCAGAGAGACUCCGGACCAGGGGUAUCUUUGAAACCAAAUUCCUGUCCCAGAUCGAAAGUGACCGGCUGGCCCUGCUGCAGGUCAGGAGGAUCCUGCAGCAGCUGGGCCUGGACAGCACCUGUGAAGACAGCAUCGUGGUGAAGGAGGUGUGCGGGGCCGUGUCUCGGAGGGCUGCUCAGCUCUGCGGCGCAGGCAUGGCCGCCAUCGUGGAGAAGAGGAGACAAGACCAGGGGCUCGAGCACUUCAAGGUCACCGUGGGUGUGGACGGGACGCUGUACAAGCUGCACCCGCACUUCUCCCGGAUACUGCAGGAGACAGUGCGAGAGCUGGCCCCUCGGUGUGACGUGACGUUCAUGUUGUCGGAGGACGGCAGCGGGAAGGGAGCCGCUCUGAUCACAGCUGUGGCCAAGAGGUUACAGCAGCAGAGGAAGGAAAACUAGGUGGGCCUGCCCAGGGGCCACCAGAUGUGACCUCCUGGCUGACCCUCCCCUCUCCAGGGCCGAAAGGGAACCGGAGUUCUCGGCAUCCUUCGCGUCCUGGUGCUGGCUUCUUGGCGACACUCAGCGACACCUCCAUUUGCCGUACUUUGGCCAAAGAUGGGCUGACUUUUGAAAUCAAAGGAUCUGGGCCAAGAUUCUUCAGUUGAGCUGUCAGCGUUCGAUAGCUUCAGGUCUCUCGGCUGCUGGACUCAGAACCUGCCCAGGUGGCUGGCGGCUUACUUCCUCACCGGCCUGAUGCUGCCUCUGGCAGGAGACUGGGCCCGAGACCUACGGAUGAACCCUCGCGAGGGAGAAAGAUGCUUCGUGAACUAGGAGAGCUAGCUUAACACGGCCUCACUUGUCAUGUUGGCUUUACAGGCACCGCGAGAACGAGAUGCACAUUCAUCUCUGCAUGCAGAGGAGCCCAGGGCCCUGGAGCCAGGAGGAAUCUUACCAGAUUCAGGUGCUCCGUGAGCACCCUGGGGUGUCAUUCCCCAGAUGUGGAUUGGAUUGAGGGGUGGGACACCACUCAAGGUGCUGUUUUCCAUUUCCCGUGAUGCAGUGGGUGGCAGUCACUGCUGUCCAUGUUUGUUUCGAGGACCGUUGUUAGGUCCAUGAAACACAGUCUGAGAAUAAAGACACUUGGCUUUCCGGGAAACUUGGUGUGAGGUACUGACCUUUCUUCUGAGAGGCUCGUUGGUAUCUUCAUGUCCUGUCAGGAGAAUGAGGGAGCUGUCGAGUCAGAAGGUUAGUCCAGACAAACAAAAGGGACCACAUGGAACAGAUUCUCCCAAUUUCACGUGAUUGAAGUACUUCCGGCGACAGAGCAGUGACUGUGUGACCCUAGAGUGCUUGCUCUUGACCUGGAGUCAGA